UCAACUCGCGUGUGCUUUCCUCUCACGAAAUCGAAAGUGAUUAUUCGAAUUUGAGACUGUGAUUCGAUCUGUGUGAAUCGAUUGUGUGUGACUGAACAGUGAUUGGUAGCUGCUGUUAUCCUGAAACUGUUUCUUCGGACUUUUUACACUGAAAGCUCAUCUGAAAAGGUUUUCUGCCGUAUAGAGUACACGCAAAUUUAUGCCACCGAAAAAUUUAUUUGCCGCUGACUGACCGGACUGCGAUUAUGAAGACCAGGCUGCUGUUUCUACUCGCGACGCUCCUUUAUCAGGAUGCAAGAUGCGAACCGCCAGUAGACUCAGCAUCACUACCACUGGAGCACCGUGGUGGCGCCUACGGCCCUCCACUACCGCCGCAGACAGAUGAUCCCUGGCCAUUGACCUCACCUGACAGUCCCAAAAUCAAACAUCUCCAAGUCCAAUGUGAAAAAACUCAUAUGCGUGUCAAUAUUGAGUUCGAUAGACCGUUUUAUGGUAUGAUAUUCUCAAAAGGAUUCUACAGCGAUUCACAUUGUAUGCACUUAAAACCGGGGACCGGACAUCUCAGUGCCACUUUUGAGAUCUUCCUUAACAGUUGUGGUAUGAGUAGCUCCGCUAAUCACAAUGUAGCAGCAUAUGGAAGCCCUACGCCUAGUGGAUCGUACGUAGAAAACACGAUUAUUGUGCAGUACGAUCCUUACGUUCAGGAAGUAUGGGAUCAAGCGAGGAAAUUAAGGUGCACAUGGUACGACUUCUAUGAAAAGGCUGUCACCUUCAGACCGUUCCAAGUCGACAUGCUACAUGCCGUUACAGCAAACUUUCUCGGAGACAACUUGCAAUGCUGGAUGCAAAUUCAAGUGGGAAAAGGACCCUGGGCUUCAGAGGUGUCUGGUAUAGUCAAAAUUGGACAGACAAUGACUAUGGUACUUGCAAUUAAAGAUGAUGAGAACAAAUUUGACAUGUUAGUAAGAAACUGUGUUGCGCACGAUGGUAAAAGAGCACCAAUCCAAUUGGUAGAUCAAUAUGGAUGUGUAGUAAGACCCAAAAUUAUGAGCAAAUUCCAAAAGAUUAAGAACUUUGGCCCUUCUGCUUCUGUCGUAUCGUUUGCGUACUUCCAAGCUUUUAAAUUCCCAGAUUCUAUGAAUGUCCACUUCCAAUGUGUCAUCCAAGUAUGUAGAUAUAAUUGUCCUGAGCCUAAAUGCGCUGGCCUAGGUGCCGAUUAUGGGGUUCCAUUAUUGGGAGGUAACACAUUGGGAGCAGGUGAAUAUGGCCUCCCCAACGGUGAGUACGGACUUCCUCCAUCCCCACACUCUGAAUAUGGUGUUCCACCGGCGUAUCCAGACCCUAGGCAUCCCGCAGACUCAUCAGGUGCUUACUCUGAAAAACGAGACGACACAGUUCCUCCACCACAAGGACAGGCUUCAUCUACACCUAAUGCUCCAAGUCCUUCCUCACCAUCACCAAAUAGAAAUGAUGAAGACGACGUCAACCUUCCUCCACCACCACCUCCGGGACGACGUGGCGUAUACAACACAGUCAAGAGGAAAGAUGAAGGACACGGUAAUCUGGCAACGUUGGGUGGCCGCCCGCGAUCUGUUGAAGAUUUACCCGAAACAUUAGUAGGAGUUAGAAGAAAACGUGAAACAUCGACACCAUCACGUAUCUAUAAGCGAGAUGCUCAAGAAAUGACUGACGUAAAUACAAGCAGAACGAUACAAGUAGUGGCGCCAGGUGAUGUUAACUUUGCUUUAAACAAUGCGGCUACCAACGAAACAGUUGUGAUUCAAUCACCGGGUACUGAUCCAGAAACGAUAUGCAUGUCAGUGCCAUCAUUCGUGGCAGGUUUGGUCAUGUUAUUAUUAGUACUGGUAGUAGCGUCACUGGUAGCUGCUUUUCUCUUUGUGCGAGUGCGGGCGCUAGAUAGAAAAGGAACACACGGCGCCACCGCAUACUAUGAGACGGACUAUGUGAAACAUACGAACUAGAUGCAAAUGUGUAGGGUGCGAAUGUGACGCGUGGACGUUCAAAGAACUCUUCUCAGAUCCAAAGAGCGAGCGAGCAUCAGCCACGGCUGGGCGGCGUCACUCACGAUGAAGGUGACACUGACGUGAACGCUGGUCAGCCGCGGAAGAGGUUCGGUGACUUGUGACUUAUUUAUUUAGAGUAUUUAAUGUGUGUGAUGUAUUGUUCGACUGCAUUUUGUAAAUUAUUUUAUUCGUGUAUGAAACGUUCCCUGUACUGUAUUUUUAGUCGUUCUGUCUGUUGUAAUUUUGUAAAGAGUCGUAAAUAAGAUACUAGAUAUAAGUUAUAUACCAAUUAAAGUGUCGUGUGAGAUUGUUGUAA